CCGUCUAAAUUCAUAUUUAAAUAAAAUACAACAUUACAAACAUAAUGACAAAUACUCACAAUUAAACAUAAUAUUUAAUGGCAACGUCAUAAUAUUUAAUAUUUAUAUAUGGUUGAAUUCAACAAGUAAUAUCAUUUAAAUAUCCAAUUUGAAUAAGAAAGUUAUUUCCUCUCCACGAGACUUCCUCUCUAUUGGUGUGGGGGUGUGCAACAGUUCGGUUCAAAUAAACUCAUAAGAACCGCGAUCCAUUAGUGAAAGACAUCUUAGGAUGAAAAACCAAACAAAUAUUGCAUUCGGUCCAAUUCGAUUAGGUUCAAAUAUAAGUUCAGUCCACCAUUUAUUCAGCAAUCAUAAAAUCAAUGAGAAACAAAAACCAAACCACAGUAUACUCGAUCUGGUACAAUCCAAUUUAAUCCGGUACGGACCGGACCAUUCCACCACCCCCUACUAUUAUUGGUCCAACCAACAUCCAAUCCGAUUCUCCACUUUUUGUUCACCAUUAGACUCCCAUGCAAAUUCCUAAUAUUAAAAGAUAAUUUUUAAAAAAAACUAACCAAUACCCAAAAUUCCCUUUCCCCUCGACAUAACAUUAACAACACCGUAGAGAGAAGAAGAAAACAGGACAAAAGAAAUCCCUACGUCUUCCUCCCGAUCAAAAAAUACAUCCAAUCACAAAACAAAACAAUGGCGCGCCGAUCCCUCCCCGAUCUCCUGAAACGCCUCUCCCCCGCCACGGCAGCGCCGUCACCGCGCUCCCGCUCCAUCACGUACAUGCCGCGUCCCGGCGAUGGGACCCCACGCGCCGUAACCCUCAUCCCCGGCGACGGGAUGGGCCCCUUGGUGACGGGCGCGGUGGAGCAGGUGAUGGAGGCGAUGCACGCGCCGGUCUACUUCGAGCGGUACGAGGUGCGCGGCGACAUGAAGGCUUUCCCCUCGGAGGUGAUCGAGUCGAUCCGGCGGAACAAAGUCUGCCUCAAAGGCGGGCUGAUCACCCCCGUCGGCGGCGGGGUGAGUUCUCUGAACGUGCAGCUGAGGAAGGAGCUGGACCUCUACGCUUCGCUGGUGAACUGCCGGAACAUGCCCGGGCUGCCGAUUCGGCACGAGAAGGUGGACAUCGUGGUGGUGAGGGAGAACACGGAGGGGGAGUACGCCGGGCUCGAGCACGAGGUGGUUCCCGGCGUUGUUCAGAGUCUUAAGGUGAUAACGAAGCACUGUUCCGAGCGGAUUGCAGAGUAUGCUUUCGAGUACGCCUACCUGAACAACAGGAAGAAGGUGACGGCGGUGCACAAGGCCAACAUCAUGAAGCUCGCCGACGGCCUCUUCCUCGAAUCCUGUCGAGAAGUCGCCGAACGGUACCCUGCCAUCGCCUACAACGAGAUCAUCGUCGACAACUGCUGCAUGCAGCUCGUCUCCCGGCCCGAGCAGUUCGACGUCAUGGUUACCCCCAACCUCUACGGCAACCUCGUGGCUAACACGGCCGCGGGCAUUGCCGGAGGCACAGGCUUCAUGCCUGGAGGGAACGUGGGAGCGGACCACGCUGUGUUCGAGCAAGGCACGUCGGCUGGAAACGUGGGGAAGAAUGAAAAUAUCAUAACCGAGAAGAAGGCCAACCCAAUGGCUCUCCUGCUUUCAUCGGCCAUGAUGCUCAGGCAUCUCCAGUUCCCAUCGUUCGCUGACAGGCUGGAGACCGCCGUCGGGAGGGUCAUUGCGGAUGGAAAGUGUCGGACCAAGGACAUCGGCGGGGACAGCACCACACAGGAAGUCGUCGACGCCGUCAUUGCCAACAUCGACUGAAAUUUUGAUUCAAUGUAUGAAACAAUAAAAAAACAGAGUACUCUGCCCCUCCCAAAGUUCUUGUUUAUUUUCCCCCUUUUUUUUGAAUAAACUAAUGCAUAGAGA